AUGAACUUCCACACUCCUCCAAACUCUACUAGGGGAUCUACUCCUGAUUCUGAGGACAAGGAUGAACUCAGACUACAUACUACUGGCCUUUCGCACAGGCUCAAGCAGGAUAGCCCCCCUGCUCUUGACAGCACAACGUCGAGUCAUUCUCCCUCACGACAUAUAGACAAAUCCCUGAAACGUGCAAGGUCACGGUCACUUGACUCUACAUAUGAUUCAUCUGAUGAUGGUAUAACUGAACCUAUAACCCCCCCUCCAAUACUACGCCAAUUAUCUCGUUUUGUGAAGCGCGCAAAAACGGACCCCAAGCCCUAUCAGAGGGAUGUUGCCGACGCAAUCGACUCCCUCUUUCUUGAAAAUAAAUUGUGUCCCGAUGAUCCUGGUGAGCUUGAGCGUGACUUGCAACAACUGUCUCCUCAAGCCGUGGCUCAAGCUGUCGUCACGAUGCACGCCAAGGUUGAAUUCAGGCGUGUACGUGCUCUGGCAAGAGCUCACGAAAUCAAUGCGACAGCUCAACGCUUGAGGUUGCUUCAUAUGGUUCUUGAGGAUGAAGGUGAAGUAUACGCAAACGCUGCCUCAGAACCUUUGGACACCUCAAUUGGAGAAAUCUUCAAGUAUAAGAAGAAUCGGGUCCCAGACAGCAUGAGUCAAGGUAUCGCCACAUAUAGCCAAGAUGUCAUGUCAUUCGCUGUCGCAGACUCACAUCUGGAUCGUUUUGAGGGUACUGCUCGCAUGUUAUUGGACAAGUCGAAGUUGCACGGCUCGGCAGAAGCCCGUUUGGUUCAUUCAAGACCAAGAGAUUCUAUCGAUGUGGUUGAAGCUCAAAUAACAUAA